AUGUCAAAUUCAGAUCUAGACGAUUACAUGUCUUCUGAAUUCAUUUCGGAAGUUGCGGAUGAAAAGAAACCAGAGACCUAUUCCGAGAGGAGACGUCAAAAACAACUUGCGAAUUUAGGUUACAAUAAACCUCGCAAAGUCUUAGAGAAGGAGCUUCGUGACGAAGGACUCGGUAAACCCAUUGACACUGAAGAAAAUGCCUCCUCGCCUGGCUUAAAAUUGCUGAAAAAGAUGGGUUACGAAAAGGGCAUGAGAUUGGGAAAAAAUGAAAGUUCUCAGGCAUUAUUAAGCGAACCAAUAACGGUAGAAAUCAAACAGGACCGUUUGGGUUUAGGAAUGUCAACAGAGAUGAAGAAACGUAAAUUGAGUAAUUUAGAAGAAAAUGUAAAACGUGCGAAAAUAAAAGAGGACGAAUAUGUCGAACGUUUACGUGAGGAGAGGCUUGCAAAACGUGUUGAAAAACAAUUAAGAGCUAUUCAACGAAUAUGCGAGACAUUAGAUUUGAAAAGGCACAAUGUUUUUUGGUUGCGUGAUGAAGAGGAGAGCUCGACCAAAGAGCUCGAUCAAUUUUCAGAUGAAGAUGAACAAGCCAUCAAAGUAGAACUUGAGGAAUCCCAAUUGCAUGAGGCUUCAGAUGAAGAUGAGCAAAAAAUCAAAUCAGAAUUUGAUUUGCUUGAGAAUUCGGAAAAAUUCGAACGUAUUCUUGCUUAUCUUCGUGAUCAGUAUUUUUAUUGUUUUUGGUGUGGUCACGAGUACUCUAAUUUUGAAGAAAUGACCAAUCAAUGUCCUGGCACGACAGAAGAAGAGCAUGAUUAA